AUGGAGGACGCUCUCCAUCAACUCCUCUCUUUCCCUUCCCCGUCGGUCACCGCCCACGAGACCUAUGAGACGCAUGCUCGUGACUUCAUAGCUUCUACCCGCGAAGUGCUUGCCAACGCAUUUGACGGCUCAGAUAAAUUUUACUCUUUGCUAGAUCAUGUUGACCCCUCCACGCAUUCGCUUUCCUACCUCCUCCUCUUGAAUUUCCUCAUUCUCGAGACGAAAAGGAAAUCCCCCAAGGCGGCCUUCGAUGACCUGCGAGCUGGGAGACAGCUUUUGCCAAGGACACUCACCUUUUUAAACACGUUCGAUCCCAGUCAGAUUAGCUACGCAGCAAACGAGUACCGCAAUAUAUUGGGUUUCAUUCUUAAGGUGGCCGAGAUGGAGAACAAGCCAUUUGUAGCAGUCCGACCCAUCAAGAAUGCCAUAUUUAAAUUGGACCCAGCAUCUUCCACUCUUACAAUUGCCCACGUCUACUUGGCUCGAAUGAGUCUUUUAGCUAGAGCAUACAAGUUGGCACGGCCAGUGCUUGACCAAACCAUAUUUGCGAUUCCUAGUGCGGCAGACCAACUCACGUACACUGAUCAUAUGAAAUAUUUCCUCUACGGUGGAAUGAUAUAUAUGGCACUGAAAGAAUGGAGCAAGGCGCGACACUUCCUGAGCAUCGUCAUAUCUUCUCCCGUGAUCAAUUCAAUUAGUCGGAUUAUGGUAGAAGCCUACAAAAAAUGGGUCUUGGUGAAUCUCCUCGAGAACGGCACGACUGCUUCACCACCCAAGGUCACGUCACCUCUUGCGCUGAAAGUCUUCAAGGCACUUGCACGCCCUUAUGAUGCAUUGGCAACUGCUUUUAUAUCAGGAAAAUGGGAGAAGUUAAGGGAUGAGGCGGAAUUUGGGCAAACAAUAUGGCGCACAGAUAAAAACAACGGCCUGGUACAACAGGUUUUAAUACAUUUUCGAAGGCAAGCAGUGCGCGGCCUUGGUUCUACUUUCGCUGCGGUUACUACGACGGACGUCUCAGAGCGGGCUUUGUCAAACACUAUGGAUGUGCUUGAGACCGAGCGAUUCAUUGUAGCUCUUGCGAUUCAGGAGGGGUUUGCUACUUCGCUGAUACAUCCAUCGAAGGAUUCAAAAGCCUCGAUGCUCCGCUUCUUGACAGACCGCAUGGAACCAAGCAUUGACAUCGAAGUUUCCUUGGAGGAACAACUGAGAUUGCAGCAUCAGAAGCUAGAGCAUCUCGCUCGUAGCGUGCAAGCCAGCGACAGAAAGCUAGAAUUCAGCAAGGAGUAUGUCAACUAUCUGCGUAAGACUCAAAAACGCAACGACGCUACUUCAAAGGAUGGUGGGUUUGUGGGAAGACCGAAAGACCAAAAUAUCGAUAUAGACGAGGAUAUGAUGGAUGACCUGCAAUAA